AUGUCUGUGGAAGAAGCGAACGAAGCUGUAAAAAACUACAUCGGAUGGGGCGUCGGUGCUAAGGGUUCUAUUUCAGCCUACUCGGAACAUGGUGCUAAAUACGAGGAGUAUAUGAAAACACUGAAUUAUCAAGGACCAAAAGUGUUGGCAGAAACAGUUGUGAAGCUACUGAAGGAUAAUCGAGAUGCCAAGAUCCUAGAUAUAGCGGCAGGAACUGGCCUGGUAGCAGAACAGCUGGUCCUGCGUGGCUUUAGAAACAUUGAUGGCGUCGACGCUGCCAGUGGUUUGCUUCAGGUUGCCAGGAAUAAAGGAAUCUACGGCAAACUCGUCUGUCAAUUUGUAGGCCUGGGUGAAGAAAUGCCAUUUGAAAAUGAUAUGACUGACAUGGAGAUUGUACUUGCAGACAGCUACGAUAUUGUUGCGAUGUGUGGAGCUAUGGCUAAAAACCACCUGCCCAGCUCAGGUUUUGCCGAUAUCAUUCGCGUGGUAAAGCCAGGUGGAUAUGUUGUCAACGUAUUUGGAAAGAAAGCAAUGAAUGCACCUUGGCAUGAGGAUGGCCUUGAAUCUUGUUUAACCAAGCUGGAGAAAGGUGGUCGUUGGAAAGAAAUCAGCAGAAAUACUUUCCCAAAUUUUAUUGCUGACAAGCCAGGGCUAGUCUUGAUUCAUCAAGUUUUAUAGCUUAGGCUAGUCUUCAUUAAAUUGAGUUUUUGACUAGGGCUUCCUUGAUUUAUUGAUUUUCAUACCUUAGGCAUGUCUUGAUUCAUUUUGGAAAACAAAACAAAAAACUGUAAUCAAUUUUUAAAUAGAACAUCUUACAUCUCUAACUGAAUUGCUACCAAACUUUGUGGUAAUUGAUUUUUUUUUUAUAACUGGAAUACCCCAUAAAUAUUCGUCACAUAAAACAAACACACGAGGGCAUGUUCAUAAAUUAUUUAUUGAAAAGCUAUAAUUUACAGGCAAUGUUAUAGGUUAUUAAAAGACAGGCACACAUUCAUUAUGGGGUUUAUUUUCUCAUCAAUCAACUUAAACCAAUGCAUAAUAAAUCAAUGAGCUACAUUUUUCUAGCACUUCUUUAUUAUUUACUGCUAUUGUGUAAUCAACUUGAAUUUUCACACUCAAAACUAUUCUGUUUAUAUCACACUUCAUGAUUUAUUCUGGUUCUUUGAAACUUGUUCAUGUUUUAAAAUGUACAUUACUUAAUAAUCAAAAAAAUAUUGGUACUGAAAAUGUUAAAAUUUUUAAGGAACACACAAACCAUUAUAUACCCAGUGUAUCUGUAAUUUGGAAUAGAUUGAUAGGAAACCAUACUGGAAAUGAAAUAAAAUGUCAUAUAAAAUCCUUCCUCUCUGCUAAGCUUACCACUGUGGCUGUUUAAAAAAAAAAACAUGAAACAUUUUGAUGUUUAGUUGAUUUUAAGAACAGCCCACUGAAAUUAUUUAUUGAUUUAGUUGUACUGGUAAAUAUUUCAAAGUGAAAGCUAUUGUCACAACUG